AUGAAUAAAAUUUUAACUUUCAUUGUGAUUUUCUACACUAUAUCUAUAAGCAAUUGUGGUACUAUUACCAGUGAAGAUUCCAGUGAAACAUCAAAAUCGGUAUAUAGUGCAGUGAGUACAAUAAUGGGUACUAGUGAAAAUACUCGUCAGCAUCACAAGUCUACAUUAGACAUACCAACAAUUGGUUUACCAACUACUAACGUUUUAAAUAAAAACGCUGUUGAAGGCACAUUUCACAAUAGUCCUCUAGUUCCUGGGCCUUGUAGUUCAAGAGGUUGUUCUCAUGAGGCAAAUAUUAACACUGCGAAUGUUGAAAGUCGAUCACAAAAUACAGCACAUUUGGCUGGUGCAGAAUUUUCCAACAUAAAUUCACGUAAUCCUUAUCCCUAUAAUGCACAACCAAAUAUCAAUACUGCCGAUUAUAAUUCCAACUCAGGCCAGCAUAGUUUUGGCUAUGGUCAUGAAGGAUCUUCUCACAAUAGUCACGGUCAAUCCAGUGGUGAUUACUUAAGAGGUGGUAAUACAAAUACUGAAUACAGUCAUACUGGUCAUGCAAACACUGGAUAUUCUAAUAGCAAUUAUGGUACUCAUGGUUAUUCAAAUGAAAAACAAACAAACACUGGUUAUCCUAAUACGGGUUUUAGAAACACUGGUUAUGGCAAUACGGGUUACGGCAAUACGGGUUAUGGCAAUACUGGUUCUGAAAAUGCUGGUUAUUCUAAUACCGGUUUUGGCAAUCCCACAAAUCCCCCAACUAAUGGUUACAGUAAUUUCGGUCAUGGACAUAAUGGCUACUCGAACUCUGGCCAAUAUAACACUGGUUUUCAUCACAAUCAUUAUCCAAAUCAUGCACAAGGAAAUAAUAAUGGUUAUCCUUAUCCGGCAGAUAACUACAAUCACAGAUAUGAAGGCGAUCGUAGUUACAGCACAUUUGAUCAUAGACUUAAGACUAAUACUGAAUAUAAAGAGGUUGGCCAUCAUGUUGGCACAAGUUACAAUAACGGCCAAGGUUUUGGCUCUGGUUUUGGUGGUACAUACAAUGGUGCCUUCAAUAGGCCUGGAUUCUAA